AUGUGUCUCUGUAAUACGGUCCGCCAACUGGCAAGAGAAUAUGACGAGACCAAAGCCGAAAGCAUAGCUUCUGAACUCAAUCACCAUUUAUCAGCCGUUCGAUCGAUCUUAUCCAAGUCGAAAUUGCUUGCUCGUACCACUCACUAUCACGUCACACCCACAAAUCAACGAACAGCCAAGAUUCUGUCCAUACAAUCGUUCAACUCGGACUGUGUCAAUGAUGUCUAUGAAAGAUUCAGGUUCGACUUGGAAGGCUUCUGGACGCCCUCCGAUACCUUGGCCCACGCCGAAUUACAUCGUCGGCUGGCUUGCAUCGUCAUAUUCCUCAGAUCCGAGUUGAACGCUCCAGUCUUGGUGCCACGGCGCAUCGCUCGCUUCUUCGAGGGCCAGAAAGAUUCAGAACUCCGGCAUGCCGGGAGGAAGUAUAUCAAGAUGGCACGUCGACUUGGCAAUAUCGGAUCGGUCUUGUGGUUGCCCCUGGAUGUCCCGUUUUCUACAUACGAGAGAUACGUCAAUAUCAACGACGAAGAGAUCUUUUCCCACCUCAAGUCUAUCUGCUCAGGGGCUCCAAACCGUGAUGAAUUUGUGCGGAACCUGAUUCUCGGCCAACUCAAGGAUCCCUCUCUGCCAUUAUCAUAUCACAAUCUCUUUGUCAACUAUGCCGACUUUCUGGCGGACACGGACAUACUGCUCCUUCUUCUAGAAGCUCUUGGUGGUCACAACGUCCCCGAUACUCUUCUACGGAGCGUGACUUCUCCUCAAAGGCGGUGGAAUGCAGCCGGCGAGAUACAAACUACCGAUGCCAAUCAAUUUGGUCUACCAUCUGAGUUGGUAGAUGUGUUGUCGGAUAAUGCCCGGCUUGCCCAGUCUCUCACUUCUGUAUACAUCAAGCACACACUCGACGAUGGGACUGUAACAUGGUCCAUUGACCCUGUGUCUAACCCCCGGCUCUUUUCCACUCUUCUAACCGAGGUAGCGGAAGCUUUGAGGAGUGUUGCCCUUAAACUCUUGUGCUUUGCUUGUCCACCUUGCUACGAAGGCAAUACCGCUUGGUCCCCACAAACCAAGAGUCUAGUAUGGGACUUGAUGCAUACACUGAUCCAAGAAAACAACAAGAUCGCCAUCUCACUCAAAGAUCAAUUUGUCGAUGCCCUACUCUACUUCUCCGAGCGGGACUCUUUCUCGAUCCGUUGCCUAGCUACCCAUGUUAGCAGGGCCUUUUUGCGGCCCUCGAUGCCGUAUUACUUGCAUGCUUCGGUGACAUUGUUCCAGAGUAUCUUGUACCGCCUUGAAGGGGAUUUUAUAGAGUCAGAUGCUCACAUACGCCAUUUCCUCUGCCAAACUCGCCGCCUUACAACCCGCAGGGACCACGCAUUGAAAGGCAGACUUCACCUCGUUGUGAUCGAGAAUAAGAUCCAACGCCACGACAGCGAUACAGCUUUACGCAUCUACGAAUGGAAGGCGGAACACCCGCCUUCCAGCCUUGAGCUUGAGGUCACACGUCGCCUCCAGGGUGUCGCGGCGAGUUUCUUUCAGUCCAUGGGUGAUUUUGACAAUGCAAGAGAAUCACUGGAGCAGUAUUUAAAUCUUGGCACUGUCCAGCCCAUCCGAAUGACGACACGGCGUCUCAUAGUCGCCAGGCUAGCAGACAUUUAUUGUGAGAUCGGCUGGUACGACAAAGCAAAUGAACUUCUCGAAGCAGAGUUGGAGAAUAUGCGAGAACCUGACAAAAAAAGCCGGCCCUGCCGAAGACUGCUGUUGGCAUCAGUGGAAGCCAACAUUGGACAAGGCAGAACAGACAUUGCUGAGUCGACUAUCCAAGACCUAGCUGUCAUCGAACCAGCGGGGCUAGAAGAAAUGAACGACCAGUUGCUGCGUAUGCGAAGACUUAUGGCCACCUCUCGCGUGGCUCACCAAAAGGGUCAUUUCCAAGACGCUCUUCAUCUAUGGAAAUCCACGCUGCAGGAAAUGGAACAGUUCACCGCAUUCUAUGCCAAGUACGGCUUCAUCGCGGUGGUAAUCCAUCUUUCUAUCGCCCAUGCCCAAAUCGAGUUGGGUGAGGUGGAAGAUGGCAAGAGGUCAUGGGAUAUCGCGGCAGACAUGCUCAAAAGCCAGCGGUGUGAAUACGGGAUUCCCAUAGUGGCUACGAGUUGGCUGAAGAACGUUGCUGGAGCAAUCCACCAAUUAAAGGGAUGGCCGUUGAGGGUGAUGCUGCCUGGCAACAAACCUGAUCUCACAUGGGUGUAG